AUAGUCUAUCAUUGAAUCUUUUUAUCAAUCUAUAUGAAUCAAUCUAUCUGAGUGCACAAAUGUUAAGGGAGUAGCCAGCCAGAGCCAUGGUCGUGCCAGACCAAGUGACGGGACACCGUCAGCUUCCUACACCAAAUUUAUGCCGGUUCCCCAGCAAAUGGGAGGGCAGCUGGUUCCAGUCCGGAGUGCGGCAGCCAAUCAUAAUCGAGCAGAAUCGUCUGAGCACCAAGGGGCGAUGCAUCGCCUCCGAGGGCGACAAGUUCGUCGUGGUGGACGACAAAGGGGGCUGUUUCCGCUGCGUAGUGAUCCACGAGAAACACGCCAAUGUGCUGCAAUACAAGGAGACUUUCUGCCACGCGCGGGAGGGCCUGCAGAGUCUGUGCUCACUCAUCACCGGCGACGCAUUGUUGUACUCCAUGUUCCGCGUGGAGGCCACUCCGGUGGAGUGCCCCUUCAAGGGCCCGCUGUCCUUCACGUACAACCGUGGGCACGGGGAGUGCCGUUCUCCCAUUUCCAGCAUCGACUCGUGCACGGAGGAUUCUCGGCUUCUGCUCCGCUACCAGGCGUGUCCCGACGUGCACGGCACGGAGAGCACCGUGGAGGAACUGCAGUGCCUGGCCACGUGGAAGGAGGGCUCGUCCCGCUAUCUUGUGGGCAAAAUCCACCAUAACCACGCCACUUCAAAUGAGGACCGCUACAGAUGCUUCGUGUAUGAGAAGUCAACUCUUCCCGGAGUUUCUGGGACUGGAGAAUUAAAUGGGGAGGGUCUGUAUCACACCCUGGAGACGAAGGAUGACGAUGUAGACUACCGAGUGGCUCAGUCAGGGGAUGCUACAUGCAAUGGUCUCUUCAGCCCCAUGGAGGGGUCACGGACAAUGACUCUUCGGAAGGCGGCAUCUCCCAGCAAAUGCAAAUUCCCAUUAUGGCUGACAGCCUCCCAGCACUGGCACACACUGGACUACCGGCGUUCCUAUACGUUCCACAAGCACAAUACAACCCUCAGGAUUACCAACAUGACAACACAGACAGGGACCAGCCAGCACACUGGUAGUGGCACCACUGCUCAAGGAUACCACAAUAACCAUGGGGUGGUCAUGUCUUUGGGACUGACAGGUGAUAUCAGUAACAACAACCAGCAUCAGGAGAUGCGAGUAGUGUGCACUGAGGUGAGACAAGCCUCCCAUGACGUGGUGCACCUCGUCACACACUUCACCAUGGGCUGCCAGAGUGGUUAUGUUUGCAUGAUGUUCUACCGGAGAGAUGGUCAUGUCAUAGAAGUUCAGACAGGUUCCCAUACAAGGAGACCAGAGGAUGCAUGUCAGUCCACGCACUUUGACCGGAACACCUUGCCAUUCGUUACAUUAGUCACUUCACGACCAGAACCCAGACAAUGCCCCUAUUUGGGCAAAUUUAGUGUCACUGGACUUAGCCGAGAUGAUGGAUUAGUGAGGUCUGCAAGACGCAAGAGGUCAGAUAAGUCGAAACUAUAUCAGAAUAUCGAUACCCACAACACAGAAUCAAAGAGCAAUACAAGGGGUGGAACCACUCCAUACAAAGAAUUAGAUUUUAGAAGAAGAGUUGAGACUGUGUACCAGGGCCCUGGUGUGCUGACCCGUAGUGUAAGAUCCAUGCAAUGGUUCAUGCAGUAUAAUGGCCUUCAGAGGAGGUUUUCCCGUGAUCUGGAUGGCCUCCUGCCUAACCCUUGUGCAGAGCAGGAUGACUUCACAACUUUGGUGGUGGGCUGCAGUACUAUGGACACCAUGGAAUUCCAUUCUGAGUGCACUUCAGCUGAUGUAGUUUCAGUGUAUUCUUGUCAUGGGCGCUGGGAGGACAAUGGAACCCACUAUCUCAUCACGACUCCACUAAGUCGAUCUUCUAGAGGGCCUCGCCGGUAUUGCUUUAUGUACCGAGAGGCACAGGAUGGGGUGGUUCACUUUUCCAGCAGCUCAGACAGUUGCCGCCGCAACAUCAGCCCUGGCAUUGGCGGUGUGAUGGCAUUCAAUGUAACUAGCACUGGUCAGUGCAUUGAGACAAAUGGAGCCCCACAGCUGAACAGAAUAUACCUACCAGCCACAGUUGCUCUUCUGGCAGUUGUUUUAGAGACUUUAGUGAAGUUGCUAAGUCAUGUUGAGAGAUGAUCACAGUUCUCUUAACUAGUGCUCAAAGUUGCCUCGACUUGGGAUGACCCAUGUGUACAUAUGGAACAGUACGAGAGUUCUGAGACCCCAUGCACAAGCAAUCAGUAAACCUGUAAAUAAUAUGAGUACAAACGUGAGAUUUCUGCUGGAAGAAAUUCACAAGCGUGAGAUGUGAAUGUUGUUGAGAAGAAAGCUGUAUUGUGAUUGAUUCAUUGGAAUUGUCUCAUUAACUGAGAACCCAGAGACUGGAAUUUUGCUUGUAAAGAAAUUGUACCAGAUAUUCUGACAAUCUGCCUUCUCAUCAGAAGGUUCAGGUAAGAUCCAGUAUAUGCAAUUAUUGUGGGAACUGGAUGGGGCUUAACUGUGAUUUCGUGCAAAACAUUUAAACACUCCAGAUUCAUCUUUUUAUACAACAGCACAUGAAUUCAUUUCUGUUCUCAACAGUCACAUAUUGAAAUAUCUGUGAGACUGUCCAAUAGCUUGCUUUGUUUUUGUACGCUCUGGUGGUGUUUAAAUGUUCAGUAUUGACUAGAUCAAUGUUUAAAACUCCCAAACAUGGGACAACCCUUUAGAAGUCCUCCAGUUAGAUGAUCAAUCAGCAAAAACAUGUGUAUAUAUGUUUGUAAUAUUUAUACUGUUUAUCUGCUUUAACUUACAGUAAAACCUUAUUGCUACAUACCUGAAAGGAACCUAACAAAGAUUCCCAAUAACUGUGUGCAACCCAUUAAAAUUCGAAGUGCUACAGUCAAAUUAUUGUUUAUAUUUAAACAUUGCACUUCCUUUUACAGAUCUCAGUUCUCAAAUUUUAAGAGUUGAAAUUAUAUAUUUUAAGAUAAAAUCAGUUUUCCUGGCAGUAGUGUGACAAAUUAUACUUCACAUAUCAGUGGUGGAAAGUUUUAAAAUAAUGUGUGACUGCUCUUACUUAAGAGAUGUUUUCAGUGGACACCUAAUUUACUCAGGGCUACAGCAAACCUCUGCAACUCAUACAGUUUACAGUGAGUCCAUGGUGAAUUUGGGUUUAGAAUCGUACAAGACUCCGCUUAUCAUUUCACCAUUUCUGGUAGUUUUCACUUACUGAUGCUGAGCAACAAUAGUUGAGAAAUCCAUUGGCCAACUUUUUGUUCACAGAGAUCUUGAUUUUCUUUUCGCAAGGAAUCUGUAUAAUCUCUACAGUGGCACACUGAUUUUGUUUUGUUCUUUCUGUGAGUAGGAGCACAACUAAUAUUGAUGAAACAUUUUGACUUUGAUCACUUUGUAAAUGAGAGUCUUUGACGGUUGUAGUAAAGAAUGAUUAGCUCAUAUAUAUAUAUAUUGUAUUUUGCUUAUUUGAUAUAUGAAAUAAUCAACAUGCAGUCUGCUUGCAUAUAUGACCUACUUCUGAGGAGAGGGUUGUAGUCAGGGAAGUACACAUGGUUCCAGUAGUUUCUAUCACCAUAUUAUUCAGCAGCUUUGGUAAAUAAAUAAACUGUUGUUAAUAUUCUGAAUAAUAACAAAGAUUUUCUUGAGGAUAUAUUAUGCACAAAACAAAAUUGGUGCAGAGGUUUCAUUUGAAAGUUAAGGUUUCUUAUAAAGCAAUAUUAUAACAGCAAGGUUUUACUGUACUUUGGCGCACCAUUGUAGCUGACAAGCUAGGUAAGUGCUCUGAUAAAUGUCACAGUUUUGCUGUGGUAUGUAUGAAAGAUUUUUGUUGAAAGCCAUUGUACUGGUCCAGCUGUCUUGUGAGAAGUAUGUCGUGUCAACAAUUGCAGGAAAAUCCUGGAAACUGUUCAGUGCAGAAUGGGGUGUGUCACAUUCACGAACCCUUGUCUACAAUGAAAAAAGGAAAAAGGCAUAUAGAGAAAUCCAUUGGUCCCAGAUAGUUUUUCACUGCAGAAUAUUGCCUUCUUAUUCAUGCACCACAAGUUUCUAGUUAUAUUAUUUACAAAUGUAGCAGUAAGGCCAUUAUUAUUGGUACAUGACACUGAAUUUAAAGUCCUUCUCAUUCUAAACCCUUCAGGAAUAAGGACAUUGUAAUUGGCAUUUAAAUGGAUAUAAAAUUGUUCUGUUUAUUAAAAGUGAAUUCUUUUACAUUUCAAGAACUUCAACUCCUUCCCCCCCACAAAAUAACAACAAUUCUAAACACAGUUCAUAAGUUUUUUUGUUAAACUAGAGCCUCACUUUGAUUUGCAGCAAGGAGACUCAGUGUGAGCCCUUUUGGCCAAGUCUUAGAAAUAUGGCCAAGAAGUCCAAUAUUGCUCAGAAUUACUGUAAACCAGACAUAAGAUGGAGAACUAAGAUGCAAACAGUUCAUAAAAUAUACACUUCCACAAAAUAACUCACUUGGUGCAAUGAUUUGAAUUUUAUAUUAUAAAUGAAACAUGGUCAAGUUGUUAACACUCCUUCUACAUACUUGGAAGAUUCUGGGAUCAAAAUCCAAAUCCAGUGACUGAUAAUAUUAACUGAGGUAUUCCUGUAAUUUUCAUGAUUCAUUCCAACUGAAUCCUGGCCCUGACCACCAAUCAUGCUUCAAUUCUGCAGUUGGGGUUUGGAGGAACAUGAUUGAGUAGCAUAAUCAUAAAUAUGGAAGAUGAAAGGAAUGAUCCCGUGUUGUUUACAAAUAUUAAGAAAAGGCUGACAUGCCAUACUUCAGUCUUAGACUCAUGUUUUAAUGAAUGUUUUUGAUGAAACUAUUUAGUGAGGAUGAUUUUGUAAAUUUAAUGCAGAUCACUUACAUGGAGGGAUAUAUGGUUGUUUAUAAAAAAGUGAAUGAUUGGAGUACAUUUAGUUUAAGUAAUAGAUUUAACAGUUCAGCUCAGGUGUGUGCUGUACAGUUGAGAGACUCAUGAUAUGAUCUCCUUAUUCCUCAUCCAGGAGAGACAUUUUGACAAAUCUUAAGUAUCGGCAACCCAGUUACCUUCAUUUUCUGCACUAUGUACAGAGUUACCUGAAAGCCAAGCAACCUGGUGCCAAUGGCAGUUUGUCUGUAUCAGAUAUAUUACAGUCAUUAUCAUAAAUCCUUAUCAUUUUGUCACAUUUAUUUAGCUUAUAUAUGGCAUACAUACAAUAGAAAUAAAACAUCAAAGUCCUUAAUGCCUUUCACUUUUCUGAACAAGUUUUCUCACGAGUUGAUCAUGACAAGUUUUUGAGGAUGGUCUCUACAGAAUUAUCAUUCAACCAGAAGGUUGACUGGAACACUUCUUGUCAUUCAUACUUCCUGUGUCACAGAAACAUUUUAUUAAACAAAAUAUUGUCAUGAUAAAGAAUUCUUGGAUUAUUGCCCAUGACAGUUCAGAGCAAAAGUUCAAAUUGAUUAAUGCUGUUAAUUCCCUUAGAAGAUUGUGUCACUCAUAGUCACUCUGAAACCUUCAAGUCCUGUACAGAAUUACUGUCAAUUUGUUCAACCUAGGAGGAUCAGGAUAUUCAUGCACAAACAAUUCCUUCAGACUAAGUAAAAAUGUUAGGUAAUGUUCAACAAUAAAUAUACAUAGUGCAUGUGAAAAAAGGGAACUCUAGCACAUCAGGUGUUCACAGACAACUAUUACAAAUUACACGCAAUUUGGACCUGCCUGGAAUUGUAUCCAAUAAUUAAUGUUUUAUAUAUAUAUAUAUUGGUGCAUAUAUAUGUGCACCAAUACAUACACAUACACAUACACACAUAAUCUUUGAACUAAUUUUGAGCCAUUCAUAAUUAAUUUUCUAAAGGAUUGUAUGACUCAUACACUCUGUACAUUUUGACAGCUCAAUUACUCUUUAAAGCAUGAAUGCCACAUGAAAGAAAUACCUCAGUUUUGGUUCCAGUGGCGUUAUUGGACUGGAUCUUCAGCAAUGUACAAAGAUCCCAAAGGCACUAUUCUAUUGAAGUCUUGCUGAAAAUGCUUCAGGCAUUUUAGGACUAUGAACACAAAAUGUUUUAAGUAUACAGGACAUGAGAAAAAUUAAUUGAAGACAUUCAAUAGAAACUCUUGAAUUCAAGCCCAGUACAUGAACUUCAUUUGUACUUAAUUAUAAUUGUCAUGUGACAUAAUGUGAUUAUUUUCAGCUAGUGGGCUCAAAAAUUCCAUAAAUGGACAGACUCUUGUAAUUGAUUUCUACAUAUACACUCUAUAGAUUUGGAAUCUGAGGGAAGAUAACAAAAUAAUGAAUUUGUGUUUUGAAGGAUUUGUAAAAUGUUUUGCAACUCCUGUACUGAUCAGCAAGUGUCUGAGGUGUAGUCCUCAGUGUGACAGUCAUGUGACUAUAGAACCAGGAACACAUUGUUGCAAAGGCCACACCUUCAGAAAGUGGAAAGAGUGUUAUGUUAACUGAAUAUGUAUCUUCUGUGUAUGAUAAUAGUAUGUAUCACGACAGGGCAUGCACGUGAAGAUAAUGAAAAUAUCUUACAUCCCUUGAUUUGGCAUCAAAAUGUGUGUGCUCUGAGGAACGUAUUAAUUCAGUUUGAAUUACUGGAUUUUUUGACUUUGUCCGCCUUCCUGUGUUCUAAAAAAAUAAUGAAAACAACGUUUUGGAAACCGGAUCUGUUUCAGAAACAUCACGCUUGUUAGUGUUUUUGUCAGAAUACCAGAAGAUGGACAAAGUUCAAAAGUCCAGUAAUUCAGAGUGUCAUGUACCAUUGUCAGAACCCUUCAGAAUCUGCAUUAAUUCAGAUUUAAAAAAAUGUUAAAUAUUUAACUUCAGAUAUAGAAGAACCUCUGUUUUAGUUCACAUAAGGUAAGUGUAAAGUAACACCGUGUCAUUCACUACCCGCAGCCAUGGCCAUGUUUUGCAAUGGGAGCAGUAGCAUGUUCCACAUAGUGGGGCAACUUUGUUUAAUGAGAGUACCGCUGUGAAGAAGAGCACACAUUGACAGAACAGGUCUUGUCUGAAGUAUUACACUGAAAGUCAAAACCAAAAUUCAGAACCAUCAAAUUCAUCAAAAUCCAGGGCAGUUCUCUUCCAUUUUCUUCUUUGUCCAGGAUUUGAAAAAUAAAAUAUACCUGUGCCAAAUUCAAGCUUCCUACCUACUCAUUUGGUUCACUAUAUGCUGCUCCAUGUUACAUCCAUUGUCUUUUCUGUUUUCAGCUGAACUAGCUCUAUUUGGAUAAUCAAGGAACCCCACAACACUUAUUUUUCCAUAAACGUUAACAGAUCGUUUAUUAGUUCCCUAGUCUGAUUCUAGCUUUUUCCCUUUAACUUUAGAGAAAACCAGAGGUAUCUUCCACAAAUCACUGAUCCAAAUUAACAAUUAAAUGUGUUUGUUUGCUAUGGAGGAACUAAUUAAUGCAGACUAAAACUUAAAAAUACUAUUUAUUAGAAGUUUCUAACACAUUCACCAUUCACAGUACUCGUCACGUGGAGAACAAUUCCACCCCACCAAUAGUAGCCUGACUUUCUAGUAUGAAUGUGCCGUCCUUCUCUGCCCUCACAUCCACAAGUUUUUGUAAUGGUUUUUAUGCUUCUAUUUAUGGUGAAUUAACUAUAAAUUUAAACCUUUGUGAAGAGAGAGAGGACUUCAGCACUGGAUUAAAAUGCAGAGGGUGUGGCCAGUUAUGAUGUUCAAAGUCACUGUGUUUCUGAAAUGUUCACAAAUUUCUUUGGUCAGUACGUGAUACAUAUCCUGUCACUGGCUGGCCAGGAACUGAGACCCAUGUAAGGAAACUAAUAAUAUUGCAACAGUGAAGAUUGAUGUUCUAUCUUAAGACUAAAUUGAAACAUGUGCAGUAAAUAAGGAACUAAAUAAUAUAAGAAGAUUUGGAAAUUGAAGCCAAAUUAGUAAGAAGUCAAACAGUGGUUAGACAAUACAAGUAUGUUGCAAGUUACAGCAAGGCUGCUAGGAGCACAAGAACCAUAGGCUGUCUGGUCAUAAUGUGAAUAUUUGCGGUUGACUCUAGGAGGUUCAGAAUUAUGGGAAAUGAGAAUCAAUAAUAAGACAAAUGUUUUACUCUGACUAUAGCAAUAUGUAACCGGGUCAGGAAUUGAUUGUUAAUAUCUGAUGAAUUUGUUUGCCAUUGUCUAUAGGAAGGAGUAGGCAGAUGAAAGAGUUUACUGGAAUAAAAAUGCAGAGUACCUUUA